CUCCUUUCUGUAUGUGACAGCGUAACGAUAGGGAAUUCGUAGGCCGUGUUCGCAAGCCGGGCGAAUAUACGGAGAUGGGAGUGUAUCGUUCGAGUUUGGUUCGUGGUCCUCAGUCACUUCCUCGACUGACAGCGUGUAGAUGUACCUAUCUUGUAUAGGUAUUGACGUCGUUGGUGGCAGGAGCGGUGAAUCGACAGGGCUUGUUGCUCUCCCAGACGCACUCAGUGUUGAUGAUUCCAGCCUGAGGUCAUCGUGGUAUCCUUCUGCAAUGGGCUACACUGCAUCCAAGCGAGCCAUUCGGCAUGGUAGUAGAGAUAGUAUCGUAGCCAUGACGUUGGUCAUAGUCGCAGCGCUACAGUUCCAGAGAAGGAACGCAGUCCUCGCCUUCUCAUCCGCGACUGCCAUAAACGGAAUCCCGCACCACUCCCUCUUCUGUAUCACACAUCUUUCCUCUACCCACGAAUCCCUCUUGCUUUCUCAAUCUCCAGCAAUCCAUCUUAUCCUCAAACCGUAUACCGCUCCUGCAUCAUCAUCUCCGCCUCAUCCCUCUUCGCAAGCACAAACGCAAUCUCCGACCCCACGGCCACCACGACCGUCGCCACCAUCCCGAUCGGCGCCCCGAUAGCCCCGAAACCCAAAAUAGUAAAGCAAGUAUAUCCCGUGAAAAUAGAAAGGUACAUUACGCGAAAGAAGAGCAAGAAAAGGUCAUCGGGUCUAGGCUUCGUCAUAGUCGCCAAAGCGAGAAUCUUGCAAAGAAAAAAAAGAAGAGGUUGCAACAAAAUACGAGACCGCCCGCUGCAGUUUGACGUUUGACUGUGUCUAGU